UCUUUUACAUUCUUGUACAGUGAUACACUUUCAUCGUUUACCUCGUCUACCUUGUGCAAGAGACCGAAACGCAGCUAGAAAAGAGAAAGAAACAAUAUAAUUAGGCAGUGAAAGUAAUAAUUUGCCACCUCCUCUAAAAAUUUUAUCAAGAACUUGCUCGUAACAGACAAAGACUUAAAGACAAUAUACAACAGUAAUUUGCUUUGGCUAACAAAAAAUAACGGUAAAUGGUAAUUUCUAACUGUGCGGUAGUUUUAAGAAUGUGGUUCACACCAAAAUAAUAAUUUUUUAUUUACUUAUUUAAAUAAAAAUAUCCUAUCGAAACAAUAUGGGGUGGAAUGGGGCAUUAUCAGUGUUGUUAUGUGCUACAAUUUUUAAUUUACAUCAUCACACCGAGGCUUAUACAGCAGCGAAACAUAAUAAGGUCGUGGUGUGCUAUGUAGGAACAUGGGCAGUAUACAGACCUGGUAAAGGAUCAUUUUCCAUCGAUCAUAUUGAUCCUACUGUUUGUACACAUCUUAUUUAUGCAUUUGCUGGUUUAGAUGUAGCAAAGGAUAGCAUUAAAUCUCUGGACGCAUGGCAAGAUUUAACCGAUAAUUACGGAAAAGGUGGAUAUAAACGGAUGACAAACAUUAAAAAUUUUUAUCCACAUAUAAAAAUAUCUCUAGCAAUUGGAGGAUGGAACGAAGGUUCGGCUAAUUAUUCAGCAUUAGUUAAAAGUGCCCAAAGAAGAUCUAGAUUUAUUAGUAGCGUUAUAGAUUUUAUAAGAAAAUACAAAUUCGAUGGUUUAGAUCUUGAUUGGGAAUUUCCCGGAAAGAGAGGUGGAGAUCAAGAAGAUAAACAUAACUUCUUGCUUCUUGUAAAAGAAUUAAAAUCAGCAUUCAGGAAAUACAAUUUGCUUUUAACAGCCGCCAUUGGGGCUGGUAAAGAUACCAUUGAUGUCGCUUAUGAUGUAGGAGGCAUAUCAAAUUAUUUAGAUUAUAUCCAUGUUAUGUGUUAUGAUUAUCAUGGGGCCUGGGAUGGGAAGACUGGUCCAAAUGCCCCCCUAAGAAGCAAAGAUACUAAUGACACAUAUACCGUUGAAUAUUCUAUUAAAUACUUAAUUAAACUGGGAGCAGCUAAAGAAAAAUUAGUUCUUGGUGUACCUUUGUAUGGAAGAACUUUUUUGACCCCUGAACCUUGGCCAUUGGAUUCUCAUGAAGAACCGAAAUUUGGCGCGGUGGCGAGAAGUUUUGGAUUCCAGGGGCCGUUUACAAAAGAAAAUGGAUUUAUGGGUUACAACGAGAUUUGUUUAGAACUCCAAAAUACGACAGCUAAUUGGAAGACAUUUUGGGAUGAAGAUUCGCAAACUCCAUUAGCUGUUAGUGACGAUAAAGUUAUUUCAUAUGAUAAUGAAAGAUCUAUUGUGGCAAAAGUCAGAUUUGCUAUUGCAGAAAGUUUAGGAGGAAUCAUGGUAUGGUCCAUGGAUACCGAUGAUUUUCACGGUGAUUGCUCGGUCGAAAAAUUUCCACUUAUGAAAACCAUUAAUAAAGCAAUUGAAAUUUCCAUUCGAGAAGUGGAAGAAAAUCGCAAAAAUGAAAUUCCUGAUGAUGAAAAGACCAAAAACAAUCAUGCUUCUUCUACAGUAUAUGAAAAAAGCUGUGCUCCUAUUGUUAUAAUGUUGGGAUGUAUUUUAAAUAAACUGCUAAAUANUAUAUGCAUAAUUGUUUAA